AUGAUGGCCAAUCUGCCGGGCGGCUUCCUCUGGCGCCCAUUGGCGACAGCCUUUGAUGCCAUUUUCCAGCGUGAAGAAGCUAUCCUGACGUUUUUGCCGUCAUGCUUGGUCUUUCUUCUCACUCCAGCCCUCUUCAUACCUGGUCCGAGCCAGCCUGUUCGGCUCCUCCGAGGCUGGCUGCUCCGGCUUAAGCUUCUCUGCGCUACCAGCCUCAUCUUCCUAGAAGUCGCGUCGAUAGUGCCCCGAGGCACCUCUAUCGACUUCAACGCAAAACGAGAGUUCCCAAUUUUCACAAUAGACUUAAUCAUUGCUGCCUCCGUCGCCGGCGCAUUAUAUCAAGAGUAUCGUCGUGCUAUCCAAGCAUCCGUGUUUCUUGGCCUACAUCUCGCUGCCGGCCUCGUCAUAGACAUCACUAAGAGCCGCGCCUAUUAUCGAAAUUCCGAUACUCAUGUUGUUGGGUCUCUGAGUGCCACAUCUUUUACAAUCCGACUUGUACUAUUGAUCCUCAACGAAAUACCCAGGGGUGCGGCACUAGUUGACGGUCACAUACGAAAGUCAGCCAGCAGAGAAUCAUCUAGUGGAUUCUGGGGCAGAGCGCUCUUGCUGUGGCUGAAUUCCACACUCCUGCUUGGUUUUCGAACUCAAAUACGGUUGGAUGACCUGGACGAGCUCGGCCCUGAGUUUUCACCAGACAUACUUUCUCGCAAGUUCAAGGGCCAUUGGCUCGGCGCAGAAAAUGACCCGGAUCGCAACCUUGCCGUUGUAUGCUCCAAAGUUCUGAUGCGGCCACUCCUCGCGGUGGCAUUCCCGCGAUUCGUGCUUGCACUGUUCUCGCUCAUGCAACCGUUCGUGCUGCAGCGACUUCUUCUCGCUGUGCAGGCGGACGAAUUGGCCGCUUACACACGCGACUCGAUUCUCCAAGCUUUCUUCCUGAUUUAUUUUUGUAUUGCUGUCUCUCAGGCGUCGUAUCGUCAUACGAGUAGCCGCUUGAUGACACAAUUUCGUGGUAUCUUGAUUGCAGAAGUGCUUGAUAAGAGUCACUCUCUGUCACAGCCAGAAUCUAGCAAUGCAGCGGCUUUGACUCUCAUGAGCAAAGAUGUGGAAGGAGUUGCAUCUGGAGUGAUGCGUCUUUUUGAAGUGCCUUUCAAUAUUUUUGAAGCUGCUUUGGGGAUGUCUUGUCUCGCCUUUUUCGUAGGCAAGGCUUGUCUUAUGGUCUUGCUGCCGCUCUCUUUUUCAAUUGUCUUCGGUACCCUCAUGGGCAGGUACGCAGCUGCUGCCAUGGUGCUGUGGAACGAGAAAAUUGAGUAUCGAGUGUCAAAGACUUCAAAGGUUCUGGCACAGAUGAGAGUCAUCAAGAUGCUCGGGCUUGGCCCAACCAUCUCGGUCUACCUCCAGCGACUACGUGAAGAAGAAAUUGCGACGGCACGAAAGCACGAAGCAUACAGACUGAUUACAUUUGCAUUGCAGAUGUUUGUUGGCACCAUCACACCUGUUCUGGUUGUCGGCACUGCUUUUUAUUGGACAUUUAUGGGUAAGCUGUCCGCAGCUGAAGUUUUUCCAACUUUAGCUGCUGUGGCUAUUGUUCAAAAACCUCUUUAUACACUUGUGGCUUCCUCUUCUAGAGUCACAGCAAUGUUUGCAUGCCUGGGUCGUAUCCAGAACUAUCUCGAACUGGAGGAAGAUAUGGAUCAGCGUAUCCUGGUCGGGCCCUUAUUGAAUUCGGACGAGGAAAAGGAUAGUGACGAACACGAGCCGAUCUCGUCUACCGCAAUCGAGUUCAUCGAUGUUACACUUCUAUCUCGUGAUUCAGAAUCAGAGAUACUCCAGCAAGCCAAUUUCGCACUCGAGCGUGGCAGCAUCACCGCGGCACUCGGCCCAAGUGGCUCAGGGAAAUCAGCACUUUUACACAGCCUCGUUGGAGACGCUAAUGUCGCUGAUGGCUUUAUUUAUGUUGAUGACAACGUAAUUGGAUAUGCCGAUCAGUCUCCUUGGAUACGGAAUGUAUCCAUUCGGGCAAACAUUGUCGGAGAGCUCGCCUUUGACGCUGUCUGGUACUCGACUAUCCUGCGUGUCUGUCUACUACUGGAUGACCUGGGGCAGCUUCCAGAAGGAGAUAACUACGUCGCCGGCACGAACGGAAUGAACCUGAGCGGAGGGCAACGCCACCGAAUCAGUCUCGCUAGGGCGCUCUACUGUCGUGCUAAAACCUUGGUACUGGACGAUAUUUUCAGUGCCUUGGAUCGAAAGUCUGCCGUGUCUAUCCUCUUCCAAUUAUGUGGCGAAAAGGGGCUAUUGCGCAAAGCAGGAUGCACAGUAGUCAUCGCAACAUAUCUGCCAGAGAGUCUGGAGGUGGUUGACCAACUACUUCUACUGGACGGCAAGGGAGGCAUCACUAUGGAAAGGGACUUCCGCGAGGAGUGGUUCCAGGCCCAUCUCGUGGAGGCUCUCAGCCAUCAAACGACAACAACGGUGUUGGAGACCGAAGAGAAAGAAAGGGCUGCCAUCCAAAGGUCCCGCGAAUUUCGAGACUCCGCCAGCUUGUCUGCCGUCGGGACACCUUUGCCAACUCGCGGUCUAAACCUGUCGAUGUACGCUUUUUUCAUCAAUUCCACUGGCAGAAGUGCGUUCGCAGCUUGGGCUUUCUCCGUUUUCCUGGUGUCGUUCAGCGAAAGCAUUCCGGAUAUUUUCAUUCGUGUAUGGGUUUCCGCUGCUCCAGAAAGCAUGGCGUAUUUUGCAGGAUAUAUGGGUGCCUCGGCCUUUGCUACGCUCACCUGCGUAGCCGCACUCAGCAUACUCUUUUACGUCCUUACGCCUCGCUCCUCAACAAGCCUGCACAACGGGUUAACGCACGUGGUCAUGCAUUCGACUUUGGCAUUCUUUUCGUCCGCCGACACAGGCUUCAUUUUGAACCGAUACAGCGGAGAUAUGAACUCAAUCAUCCAGUGCCUUCCUCUGCAGGCAUACCGAUUCCUUUAUCUGAUGUUUCACAUUAUUCUUCAGACCGCGAUCAUAGGAUCCGGGACUACUUACAUGCUCACUGUCCUUCCUGUUAUCGGCGUCAUAGCUGGUGUUCUUCUCUACUGCUUUGUGCAAACCUCUCGCCAGGUGUUUUUUAUGCACAAAGAGGCCGAGACGCCGCUUUAUAACCACUUCACAGAAACAGCCAGCGGCCUGCGCCAUAUCAAGGCUAUGGGCUUGCAGUUGAAGAAUUUCAAGGUCGGCCUUGCUCUUCUGGAUAUUUCACAGAAGACUGUGUAUACUGCCAGCUGUCUAAAGGGCUGGUUGGGUCUAGCAGUUGAUCUGCUGGCCUGUGGCGUUUGCCAUGUUUUGACGUCUCUCAGUCUCGAACACCGAACUGCCACUCCUGUUCCGGCAAUUGGCCUUGCCUAUUUGAUUCUGAUUACCUUCGGCAGGUCUCUUGGAGGUUUCUUUGACAGUUGGGCUGAUUUGGACAGCUCAAUCAAGGCCUUAUCACGAUUGCAAGAGUUCAUGAAAAAUACGCCAACCGAACCUGAGUUGCCUCCCAUUGAUCUUCCGGCACAUUGGCCACAUCGAGGUCAAAUCGAAUUGAAGCAUGUCACAGCCAAAUAUAGAAGCAACACACCUGCCAGGCUAGAAAACGUGUCGCUUCGCGUGGUGCCUGGCAACAAAGUUGGCAUCACAGGCCCGUCGGGCAGUGGCAAGAGCUCUCUGUUCAUGAGUGUCCUGGGCUUCCUGGAAUACUCUGGAAAGAUUGAAAUUGAUGGAAUUGACAUAUCGAGGAUCCCACGCGAUACAUUACGGUCGCGUAUCAUAACUAUAUCACAAGAUCAUUUAGAUCUUGGCGGUACUGUUCGUAACAAUCUGCUUCCCUUCUGCAUGAACAUCUCCGGCAAGAAUAGCACCAUUACGGAUGAGGAAAUAACGGAUGCUUUGGACAAGGUCGGAUUGCGGGCCCUCGUCGACCGGCAAGGCGGUCUGGAUGCUCAACUAUGCAAAGUUGGGCUCUCGCACGGCCAACUACAGUUGCUGUCAAUCGCGCGUGCAAUGUUGCGUGGCAAGGAAACAGGAAGCAAGGUCGUUUUGAUGGAUGAAGCGACCAGCAACGUUGAUUUGGAAACGGAUGCCAAAAUACAGCGGGUUGUGCGGGAAUCAUUCGCUGGAUGCACAAUCUUGAUGAUUGCGCACAGGCUGGAGACGGUACGAGACGCCGACAUGUUUGUGGAGUUGGUGCACGGGAAAGCAACUGUUGUGAAGAAUUGA